AGUCUCGGGGGAAAUCCCACUGAAAUAGAUUGUUCAAGAGUGGACUAUUGCUUUUUAGAAGUGAAGACUCACAAGACAUUUCAUCCAUAUUGACACAUUUCUACUGAAAUCAAGGACUCAAGACUCAAUGGGUUCUUGUCUUUGUUCUAGACGAAAGGAAAGUGAUGUAGAAACUGGGAAAGUGGAAGAAGAUAUAAAGGAUGGUCAAAAUGCUGCAGAAGAACUUCCAGGGGUAGUUGAUAACACUGAGGGAGUGGAAGAAAAUAUAAAGGAUGGUCAUGAUGCUGCAGAAGAACUUCCAGAGGUACUUAAUAACCGAGUUGAUAACACUGCACCUCUUAAAGUUCAGGCUCAGGUGCCACCUGAUCCACACGAUCCUGCUGCUUAUAAUCAUCCUCAUGCUAUUGUUGAUGAUGAUGAGAAAUUGAUUAGAACAGAAUUAGAGAGGGAUAAAUACCAGAGAGAG